AUGGAAGCAGUCUUCCUCUUAACACUUCUGGUCAUUCCAACCACUAGUUAUUUCUACCCUUAUGGAUUUGUGCGAACGCCUGUGCACUACGGACAGGAAGUUUCGCAACAAAUACCUAUUCUUCGUGGAUCAUCGCCGACAUUUCGUAGACAAGUCUACGUCGAACCUGAUUUUUUGCAUAAUCCUAUGUCAAGCGAAAACAUUGAACAUCUGUACAACCAACAUAUCAACCCAAAUCAUCUAUACAAUGGUCCUGAAUACAUUCCGAAGACCGAUAAAGAGAUUAAAGAACUUUUGUCCGAAGGAAGAACAAUGGAGGAAAUGGAUGAAGUGCGAGAAUUGCUAGAACAGCUUAACCGAAAACAGGCGCAAAAAGCUGGAAUAAGAAUGAAGAGGGAGACUGAGAAGUCUUCGGUAAGAAUGAGACUGGUAUUUUAA